AACUUCUUUUUCCUUUUUAGUCUAUUGAUCAAUUAUCAGAAGUUAGUUUCUUGUUUUAUACAGAAACCUCUCCAAAUUGCCUUUUAGACAUUGCAGAUGAGUGAGUUCCCAAUUUAAGUCAUGCCACCAAAUAUUUUGCUUGAUGGUCAUCUAGAAGGGAAAAUUAGUUGCUAUAGAUUGUCAUAGCUUUGUGACAUAUAUAAAACAGGAAGAAAACCAUGCUUUACAUGAAGAUUGUGAGGAAAGAGAUCCUCAUCUGACUUUCAAACUUGCCACUUGUCUUAGGAACAUCAGGGUUCUUUCUAUUGGAAUUAGGGAAUGUGGCUUGGUUUCUAUGAAUUGUUUACCAGUGGCUGUUUCUGAAAGAAAAACAAACCUAAGAUAUAGAAAAAAAGAAGAAAAAGCUAGCACAAGGUUGCAAAAUACUGAAGAUGCCAGUUGCUUUUAACUAGCAAAAAGAGGGGGAUUUUGAGUAAACUACAUAGGUCAGGUGGUUGCAUUCAGUUAUUUAAACAUGUUCUUUGUCUAUUUUUUGUUUAAAAUAGUUGAUGCUUAGUAUAUGAAGUAUUCAAUUUCAGCAUUUAUGAUCAGAUUACAAAAUAGUCAUGACUCUUGCUUUUCAAAUUGAUUUGUUUCUCAAACUCCAAAACUCUGUGAUGAUUUUUACAAAUUCGUUUACAGUUUCACAGAACCGAGUUAAGUUAAUUAAUAGAUCAGGCACGAAAAAAUGUCAUCCACGGUAGGGUAUGUUUUCUGGUAAAAUGAAAGUUAUAUUUCAGCAUGUUGAGCAUCAGGCUAAAGUAAUCUGUUCCUCGUGUGGAAUGAACACUUCCUACUUUGAGCUAGCAGGCACCUACUGUUUAUUUACGCUGCAUUAAACUGACAGCUCAGCAAUCAGAGGAAAAAUAUUACUUACCUUCCUGAAGUAAAUACCAGUUUAUAGGUUAGUGCAUGUAUUUAUAUUCCUGUCACCAUUAAAUAACGGCUCUGUCUCCAUUUUAAUAUCUACCUAUGCUACAAUCCAGGGCUUCAGGUUCUUCCUGGUUGGGAGUUAGGGGGUCAAGAGGAAUUUUUCUUAGCAUUUCCCAGUGGCAAAUUUUAAAGAAGAGUCAUUUCAUUUUCUCAUCUCUGUCAUAUGAGACCAGUUGGGAGAAAUGUUAUGUACUUCAUUUGGCAUACCUCAACUAUAACAUCAACCCCCCCCCCCAAAAAAAAAGAAUCUGCAUGCCACUUAAAACAGACAUCUGAAAGCAACCUGAGGACAAAUGUGUUCAAGCACAUUCAAGUAUAUGUUUGCUAAAUUAGCUUUCUACAAAGUUCCAAAUAGAUUAAACUGUUUGAUUCCUUAGAUAAUAACUGUGAUAAAGUGUCUUCCUUUCCAAAUCUUGGAUGGAAUGCUUCAGUUUUUCAUGGAGCUCGGCAAGUAAGACUACAAAGUGGGGCUGGUUGGUUGGUUGAUUGAUUGAUUGAUUGAUUGAUUGACUCUCUUAGCUUGGUUCUGAAAAUAUUCUUCCUUUAUUUGUCUUCUUACUAAUGUGCUGUCCUUAAAACAAGGGAGAUUGCUACUUAAAAAAUAAUACUCAUUGUGCUAGCUGGUUAAAUUCUUUUCUCUUUCAGAUCCCCCUUGAAACAUUAAAACCCCUUUAAAGUUGAGUUCCAAAACUCAUGAUUAAUGAGAAAAUGCUUGUUUUUGCUUAAAUGAUCCAAGAUGUGUUCACACUCAUUGUCUAUACACUGUUGUCAAUCUUUAAUCACAUAUCCCGCUGGCGUCUGAACAGAAUAUGGUCUUAAUACAGCAAGCAUAUAAAUCAAAUCCGUUACACCAGGGUCUUCUCCCUCACUAUACCAAGAAAAAAGUGUCUACUAUAGUAAUGCAUGUAUUGCUGUGAACUGCUAUUCUCAAUGGUAAGUCUAUUUAAACUUGAUGUCUUUAUAGAGUGUGAUCAACACAUCAACACACAUUAUUUUGUACUUUUGAUUUUGUGCCAAUGGUACCUUUUGCUGUUUAUUUUUUAAAAUUCUUUUUUAAGAUCAGAUAUUUCAUUUCAGAGUAAAUAGAUACAGAUUGUGUGUAUAUAUAUAUAUUCAGGGUGAGAUUUAGUAGUGUAGCAUUUCUCUAGCAUAUUGGCCUAUUUUUAUUCUUACAAGUUAGUCUGCAUUACUUCCAUAGUUGUGUCUGAAGGUUCGUAAUAGAAAUUCUAAUCACCUCUUUCAAUGGACUUUCAAGGAUGCCAGUUAAUUCAGUUAAAUACAGUGAUCUUGUUUAGUUAGUAGAGAUGAAAAUUAGUUAACUGGCCCUAGGAUUUAUAUCCCUAAUUUCUGCUGAAAUUUAUUCGGUCCAGAUAUUUGACAUUUGGUAGGGAAGUAUCUUGAAAUAAUUUAAAAAAAAAAGAGUUGGUUCAGUUUCCAUUGGGGGAAAGAUCUUGCUGAAUAAGACUCUUAAAGGUGCAAUAUUUCAUUAUGCUCAUUCCUCAUUUUAGAGCCUGCUUACUGUUGCAUGCAUUGUUGAGAACCAAGGGGUUGCAGGUUCCCUAAAUAAGGCUCAAUUCUUACAGAAGAGCAGAGGUCAGGCUGCCUCUGGCUGUGCCUUUACUAGAAUGUCUUUGGCCCCCUUCUCUGCUCCUCCCCCCACCCCCCCGCCCCAAGGUGUGCAGGAAGUAGAGGGCGUUGUACCCAGUAAAGUGGGUGGACUCUACCCAGAGCUAUGACCUGAUUUGUGACGCACCCUCAGAACUGCAGAAAUGGUCCAGCUGCUUCACAGGCAACUGGUAACCACCUCAGUUGGGGAUGCUCCUGCCUCGCUAGCAGUGCCUUGCUAGUGAGAACUUCAUCAUUGACACCUCAGCAAAGACCCUUUUUUUGGACCUCUCCUCUAGGGCUAGAUUGGGAGAACAGCUUCUCUCUCCUAUUUAGAGGGUGAUCUGUAGACAGUGACUGAGCAUGGAUCAUUUGAAUGAGGCAACUCCGGGGAAAGAGCAUUCAGAAAUGUCUAACAAUGUCAGCGAUGCGAAAGGUCCACCAGUCAAGAUUGCCCGCCUGGAGCAGAAUGGGAGCCCUCUAGGAAGAGGAAGGCUUGGGAGUGUAGGUGCAAAAAUGCAAGGAGUGCCUUUAAAACACUCGAGCCAUCUGAUGAAGACCAAUCUUAGGAAAGGAACCAUGCUUCCAGUUUUCUGUGUGGUGGAACAUUAUGAAAAUGCCAUCGAAUAUGAUUGCAAGGAGGAGCAUGCGGAAUUUGUGCUGGUGAGAAAGGACAUGCUUUUCAACCAGCUGAUAGAGAUGGCACUGCUGUCUCUAGGUUAUUCGCAUAGUUCUGCUGCCCAGGCCAAAGGGCUAAUCCAGGUUGGAAAGUGGAACCCGGUUCCACUGUCUUAUGUGACAGAUGCUCCUGAUGCUACAGUAGCAGACAUGCUUCAAGAUGUAUAUCAUGUGGUCACAUUGAAAAUUCAGUUACACAGUUGCCCCAAACUAGAAGACUUGCCUCCCGAACAAUGGUCACACACCACAGUAAGGAAUGCUCUGAAGGAUUUACUGAAAGAUAUGAAUCAGAGUUCGUUGGCCAAGGAGUGCCCCCUUUCACAGAGUAUGAUUUCUUCCAUUGUGAACAGCACUUACUAUGCAAAUGUCUCAGCAGCAAAAUGUCAAGAAUUUGGAAGGUGGUACAAACAUUUCAAGAAGACAAAAGAUAUGAUGGUUGAGAUGGAUAGUUUUUCUGAACUAUCCCAGCAAGGUGCCAACCAUGUCAAUUUUGGCCAGCAGCCGGUCCCAGGGAACACAGCUGAUCAGCCUCCAUCCCCUGCGCAACUCUCUCAUGGUAGCCCGCCCUCUGUCCGGACGCCUCUUCCGAACCUGCAUCCUGGGCUUGUGUCAACGCCUAUCAGUCCUCAGUUGGUCAACCAGCAGCUUGUGAUGGCCCAGCUGCUGAACCAGCAGUAUGCAGUGAACAGACUUUUAGCCCAGCAGUCCUUAAACCAACAAUACUUGAACCACCCUCCCCCUGUCAGUAGGUCUAUGAAUAAGCCCUUGGAGCAACAGGUUUCAACAAACACAGAGGUGUCUUCUGAAAUCUACCAGUGGGUACGUGAUGAACUGAAACGAGCAGGAAUCUCCCAGGCAGUAUUUGCACGUGUGGCUUUUAACAGAACUCAGGGCUUGCUUUCAGAAAUCCUCCGGAAGGAAGAGGACCCCAAGACUGCAUCCCAGUCUUUGCUGGUAAACCUUCGAGCUAUGCAGAAUUUCUUGCAGUUACCAGAAGCAGAAAGAGACCGAAUAUACCAGGAUGAAAGGGAGAGGAGCUUGAAUGCUGCAUCAGCUAUGAGUCCAGCCCCUCUGAUAAGCACACCACCCAGCCGACCUCCCCAGGUGAAAACAGCUACUAUUGCCACUGAGAGGAAUGGGAAACCAGAGAACAAUACCAUGAACAUUAAUGCCUCCAUUUAUGAUGAGAUUCAGCAGGAAAUGAAGCGCGCUAAAGUGUCCCAGGCACUAUUUGCAAAGGUUGCAGCAACCAAAAGCCAGGGCUGGCUGUGUGAACUACUGCGCUGGAAGGAAGAUCCAUCUCCAGAAAACAGAACCCUGUGGGAGAACCUGUCUAUGAUCCGAAGGUUCCUCAGUAUCCCCCAACCGGAGCGCGAUGCCAUUUAUGAGCAGGAGAGCAAUGCAGUGCAUCACCAUGGUGACAGGCCCCCACACAUCAUUCAUGUUCCCGCGGAACAGAUUCAGAGCCCCUCUCCCAGCACCCUUGGGAAAGGAGAGUCUAGAGGCGUUUUCUUACCAGGCCUGCCGACCCCUGCACCGUGGCUCGGUGCUGCUCCUCAGCAGCAGCAGCAACAGCAGCAGCAGCAGCAGCAGCAACAAGCACCUCCUCCUCUACCACCACAGUCACAGCCGCAGGCUAGCCCCCGGCUCCCCCCACGGCAGCCUACAGUGGCCUCACCUGCCGAGUCAGAUGAGGAGAACCGGCAGAAGACCCGGCCACGAACCAAAAUUUCAGUGGAGGCCCUGGGAAUCCUCCAGAGUUUCAUACAAGACGUGGGUCUGUAUCCGGACGAAGAGGCCAUCCAGACUCUGUCAGCCCAACUUGACCUCCCCAAGUACACCAUCAUCAAGUUCUUUCAGAUCCAGCGCUACUAUCUCAAGCACCACGGCAAACUGAAGGACAAUUCUGGCUUAGAGGUAGAUGUGGCCGAAUAUAAAGAGGAGGAGUUGCUCAAGGAUUUGGAAGAGAGUGUCCAAGAUAAAAAUGCCAACACCCUGUUUUCCGUGAAACUAGAAGAGGAGCUAUCAGUGGAAGGGAACACAGACAUCAGUGCUGAUUUGAAAGACUGAGAGCAAAGUAUUCUUUUCAUUCAACAGUGCCACCGGUGUUUACUAACAACGUGAAAAGUCCAUCUUGUGUUCGCUCAGAAAACCUUUGUUGUUCAUUGUUUGGCCGACCUUCAAUCUUCAGAAACUUGCACAAACAGGAAAGUUGGGAAAGAAAGUAGAGACUGCACUAUGUUUAAACGCCUUUGCUGUCAAACUGCUGGGUGAAGCAUUGCGGACUGUUUGAUAUUGAAAAUUUUUGUUCAAGGGAUGCACCUAGGUGCAUACCCAGUAAGCAUGAUACCAGAGAGGGUUUUUUUUUUUAAGUUAUUAUAUUCUGGAGCCUCAAACAAGCAUUAUGAUUUCUGUGAUUAUGAUUUCCUUUCCUUUAAUUAUUUCUGUAACACUCCACGCUGAUCUUUGGAAAGUCGCCCCUUAUUUUAAAAAAAGAAAGAAAAAAAAAGAGUUUGUUACUCUAUUGUAUGUUACAAAAGAACUAUAGACUGUGAAUGCAGUUUAAAGAUGACAUAUGCCAACAAAUGCCUUGUACUAUAAUGGCACUGCCGUAAUUCAAAUUUGUUUUUAUUUUGGAAAUAAAAGUUCACUGUAAUUUUUUUUUCAUUCUCAUUGUUACAUGAAUUUUUUAAAAAAAAACAACAAAAAAAGGAAAAGAAAAUGUGAAACACAAUUUAGUCCUCAUUAUUUAUUUGUAGACCCUGCCGCAUCUUGUUGUAAUUAAUUUUUUGGAAGUUUCCGUUAAAUGUAAUAUUGCUUCUCUUGUUACCAUUUCUGAUUCUUUUCUAUUUAUAAAAGUAUUUUGAUGGGCAGUAAAACAAAGUGUCUUAAAAGUUUUAAAUAGAGAAAAUGUGCUUUACACAGUUGCCUAUAAGAAGUGCUCUAUGUUAUCCAAGCAAUUCAUACUAUAAGCUUCACUCUUACUGUUGUAUGCAAUUUUUACUAUCAUGCAAAUAAGCUUAGGUAAAUAAAACUAAUAGAUCACCUUAGAAAAUUAUGCAAUUAAUGUGAAAAUAAUUGAUGUUUGCAAUGUGUCUUCCUUUGGUUUACAAUCAAUUUUAAAGCUACAUCUGUAUAAAAUUUCUGUAUAAAGGUGUAUUUCUUUUUUUUUAAAUGAGUUUCAUGGCUAUGAAAACACCAGCUAUUUUGUUACAGCUGGCUGUUUUUAUAAGUGUAUCACAAUUUUCUUUAUGCAGAAAUGUUCUGAUUAGGAGUGGUUAUUGACUGUAACUACACAAUUAAAACUGUUUGUAUGGUAUGACAUGGCAGGGUUUGUCUGCUUAUGUGAAGUAACUUGAACAAAGACUCCACAAUGGCCCGCUCAGUUAGGUCCAUGUUAAUGCUUUCUUGAUGAUAAGUUUGUUGAUUUUUAAAAAGAGCAACUUUAAAAGUCACUUGAAAUACUGUAAAUUUAAAUCACAGACAACGCACUGAUUUCUAAGUAGGCAUGAAAUUUCACAAUGAAGACGAUAAUCUGUUUUCAGUUGACAUUUUGCUUAAUGAACAGAGAUAGGACAGUCAGAAGACUAACAAGUAUCCUUUCUGGCAGUCCUGCACUUAGAAGGGAUUCACCUGCUCUUACUACACAAUCCUUCAAUUAAGCAAUACUUUUCCUUAAGCUGAGGUGUAUUUUUAAAGGCCAUUAAUAGUAACAUAAAAUAAGUACAGGAAAAAACGGGCCUUCUGGGUAAGAACCUUCUUACUGAGCAUUGUUUUUUAUUUUUUUAUAAGUUAUAAGUGAAGAAAGUUCAUAAUCCUGAACUAAUUUGACUGCAUAUGUCAUAACUACAUAAGAAAAACAAGAACAACACACCUGGAAUUUAAACACCAUCUUCAAAAUUCUUAGGAAACCUUCAUAUAUUUAGCCAGGAUGUAAACUGAGCUGUGCUAAUAGUCACAAAAAGGAUCGAAGCCAGUGCUUGGGUUUUGGGUAGGCUUUGUUGUUUUUUUUUCUUAAAUGUAUCUAUUGUUUCCUUUUUUUUUUUUUUUAAGGUUCCUUAGCUGUUGGUGGGGGAAUCUGGGCCCAUGGAGUCAGUUACCCAGUCUUCCUCGACUGACCCAUUUCACCAGGCCUCAGUGAGCUUGUUGGGAAGCAUCUGAGAUACUUUAGGGUUUAGAUUUUACAUCAGCUAAAAUGGAAUCAUUGAAAACACCCAAUAAAGCUUUCAGAUUUGAUUUACUUU